AUGGCAUGUAAUUGGAGUCUUUGUGGUAUAUGUGAGAAUCGUCAGAUGACAAAAUCAUCAGUAGUCUGGUGCUCCGAAUGUGACGAAGGACUUUGUGGAGAUUGUAAGGAACAUCACAGUAUUUCAAAGGGAACAAAAAACCAUGAAACCAUUUCCAUCGCUGAGUACGAGAAAUUACCGACCGAAGUACUGCAAAUCGCUCAAAUCUGCAAACUACAUAAUGAAAAAUACGAGCUUUUCUGUAGAAAACACGACUGUCCGUGCUGUAAGAAAUGUGUGAAAUCUCACAACGAAUGUAAGGGUUUAACCGAUAUCAAUGAACUCAUAAAAAAUGUAAAAACCUCAAACGCCUUUUAUGAAAUCGAACAAUCCCUGCUUGAAGUCGCCGAGAAUGUUAAACGGCUCAGCGACAACCGGACAGAAAAUUCGAACUCGGUUCGAGACAAGAAAAGAGAAAUUGAAGCCGAAAUAAAACGAACCAGAACCAAAAUUAACGACCACCUUGAUAAUCUUCAGGAUGAUUUUAUGAAAGAAUUAAUGGUAGUUGAACAAAAAGAAAUCAGCAAAAUACAAAAAUUGUUGACUACCCUGAAAAAGAAGGAAAAAGAAAUCAGUGAAGUACAAGACAACAUUGCUAGUAUUAAACAGCAUGCGUCCGAGCUUCAAACAUUUUUAACCAUGAAAUAUAUCGAAAAAAAUAUUGCAGUAAAUCAAAAAUUCAUUCAAUCGAUCACAACAAGUGACAUUACAAACCAGGUCAAUAUUUCAUGUCAAAUUAACAAGUCUUUACAGCAAAUCACAGCCAGCGUGCAGAGGUUCGGAGAAAUAAUUGUCAGUUCUGAUCCAUGUGAUUAUACUUUUCAGAGACGGAAGGACAGAGAAGCCCAGAUUAUGGUAAUACCGUCAACCAGAAAUAUCGACAACCUUACUUUGACACUACAGAAACAUUUCGAUACAUCGUUGUCAGAUGUCCGGGGGUGUUCCCUGCUUCCUGGUGGUAGGAUGGUAUUCUCCAAUUAUGGACAAAAUAAAAUUAGAGUACUUAAAUCAGACGGAUCAAAAGAUUUCGAAAUCAGUAAGAUUGGUGUUACUUUAGACGUGGUAUUUAUCGGUGAUGAUGAUAUUGCUGUUACAUCUGGUGAUUCAGAAACAAUAAGUAUAAUCGACUUAAAGAAGCAAAAACUGAAGAAAUCAAUAAAAAUCAAUUCAACCAAUAAUGGAGCAGUAUACAGAGACGGACAUCUGAUUUAUUGUUCCAGGGAGAAAGGCCUACAGAUAAUAAGUCUUAGUGACGAGUCCAUUAAAAAUGUUACCAGAAACAAACUCUCCUACUUAGCGUAUGUUACAACAUUCGAUGACAAACUGAUCUACACAAACUAUGACAAGCACAGUGUUGCUUGUUGUGAUUACCAUGGUAACAUACUGUGGACGUUCUGUGAUACAAAUGUUCUGAAUUAUCCACUCGGUAUCUCUGUAGACAAUGAUGGUCACGUGUUUGUAGCGGGAUAUAUUACUCACAAUGUGGUCGUUAUCUCUCCUGAUGGACAACGCUGCAGACAACUUUUAUCAAGUAAAGAUGGACUGAUGAAUCCCCAGGUUCUGCACUAUGAUCAAUAUACCAAUAAAUUGUUAGUGGCAAAUGAAUCCAAAGACGCGUUCUUGUAUGAAGUUAAAUGA